GCCGCCGCCGCCGCCGCAGCCAUGGGGGAGCCUCCGGAGGCGGCGGGGCCGGCGGGCGCGGCGCUGUGCCGGCUGCAGUUCCUGGAGGACUCGGACCCCUUCUCGUGCGCCGCCUUCCCGGAGCCGCGGCGGCCGCCGGUGCAGCCGGUGCUGGAAGCGCUGCCCCUCGCCGCCCAGCUGCCGGCCAUGCACCGCUUGCUGGCCGCGCCUCUGCCGCUGGAGGACUGCACUUUGCAGGUCUUGCCAUCGGGACACUAUUUGGACCUUGAACUUUCUUUACUGGAACAGAAGGAUGAGCUGGAAGGGUUCUACGAGGACAUCAGGAAAGGGAGGCGGCCGAUUCUCCUUGUCCGCACACAACUCUCGGUCCGUGUGCACACCAUCCUGGAGAAGCUCUACAAUUCCAAGGGCCCCGAGCUGAGGCGUUCCCUUUUCUCACUGAGGCAGCUUUUCCAGGAGGAUAAAGACUUGGUGCCCGAGUUUGUGAAUUCGGAAGGGCUGACUUGCCUCAUCACGGUGGGAGCUGAAGCGGACCAGAAUUACCAGAACUACAUCCUGAGAGCUCUCAGUCAGAUCAUGCUCUAUGUGGAUGGGAUGAUGGGAAUGAUCAACCACAACGAGACGGUGCAGUGGCUCUAUACGCUGUGCGGGAGCUUGUACCGCCUCGUGGUCAAGUCUGCUCUGAAGCUGCUGAUUAUCUUUGUGGAAUUUACGGAAUCCAACGCCCAGCUGUUGAUCCAGGCUGUCGCUGCAGUCGAACAGAGCAGAGGUGGCUUUCCGUGGUCCCGGCUUGUGUCGAUCCUGGAGCAGAAGAACGGAGCUGACACGGAGCUCCAGGUGUUUGCAAUGACCCUCAUCAACAAGACGCUGGCUGCCCUCCCUGACCAGGACUCCUUUUACGAUGUGACGGACUGCCUGGAGCAGCAGGGCAUGGAGCGCAUUGUUCAGCAGCACGUCAGCACCAAGGGCAUGGACCCAGACUUGAAGCAGCAAUUUGUCAUCUACGAGAGUGCACUCAAGUAUGAAGACGGAGUUGAAGAGCCACCGUCCGGCCUGCGCAAGGAGCGGAGGAAAGGGGAUGAGAGCCGGAGGGGGCGGCGAUCUCUGGGGUACAUUAUAGCCCAAGAGGAAAGCCCAGAGGUUGGAAUGGCCCAAGAUCUUCAGCCCAGCCCUGCUCAGGAUCUAGGCCUGGAUGCAGAGAGCAACGGCCAGGACAGCAUUAUGAGCAUGUAUAACAGCUCAUCAAGCGUGCAGCUUUCAACGCUGUCGGCACCUGCAGAAGGCGAACAGCUUGGAAACCUGGGCGAGAGGAGUGUUUUCAAACUCCAUGGAACUACCUCUGCUUGGCCAGAGGAGCCCCCUGUGGCCUCCGGGGACAAGCCCGUCCUGAGGCGUUUUGAAGCCCGCUUCUUGGAAAACCUCGCAGCCUCCCAGAAGGAGAAGUUGUUUGCAAUGUGCAGGGGGCGAGCAGAAGUCCUGGCUGAGGCGACACCAGGCGCUGAACCUGUUGGCCAAGGGAGGUGGAGCACAGGGGAGAAUGAAACUGCCAACAGAAUGGAGCCUACCUCUGAGUCAGGCAGCUUUGACAGUGAAGAGGCCAACCUGAACACAUUGGACAACAGUGCCUGCAGCCGCCGCCCCCUUGGCCUUGAUUCCAUCCCAAGUCCAGGUCACAGACAUGUUCCGCCCUGUGAAGGCGCUGAGGCCUCCAGCAGUGUUGUUUCCGAGAAGAAGUUGAUGCUUGACAUGUUGUUCUCCAAGACCCCAACGGACUUGGAGAGGACACUUCUGGCCCCCACAGAAGACUACCAGGCAGAAACCAAGGACAAGCUCAGCUUGGAAGAAGGCGGGAGCUGUCCGGGCAAGAGGACAGAGGCACCCUCUGACUCACGGGCCCGACCUUUACGGGCCCAGUUCAGCAUCGAUGUGGAAGCCAACUUACAGAGUCUAGAGAGUACCCUUAUGGCCCCCUUCAGGAAAGACUUGGAGGUCAUAUGUCAGGAACCAAUCCCAAAGCUGCUGAAAAUCAGAGAUCUGGACUUCUCAGACCUAGGCAGGGAAGAAGAUUUCGAUGUCCUAGAGACUGAAAUGGUGGAGAAGGUGUCACCACAUGCACCUGUCCACCAUACUGCUACCAUUGUAAAUGGUGUUCUGGCUCCUCCCCCUCCCCCUCCCCUCCCUCCAGGCCAUGCCCCUCCUCCCCCUGCUCCCCCUCCUCCCCUCCCUGGAUGUCCCCCUCCUCCUCCUCCUCCCCCACCUGGUUAUCCCCUUCCUGGCAGGCUCAGCUCCUCCACUGGAGAUGCUCACAUGCCUGCUAAGAAGAAGACAGUUAAGCUUUUCUGGAGGGACUUGAAAAAUGUGGAUAGCUCAACAGGGAGAGGCAGAUUUGGGCAGGCUACUUUGUGGGCAUCCCUGGAGAAGGUGGAGAUUGAUACAGCCAAGCUGGAGCAUCUGUUUGAGUCGAAGGCGAAGGAUGUGCUUUCCUCUAAGAAAGCUGCCGAUGGGAAGAAGGUCGUUGUAGUCUUGGAUCCCAAGAGGAGCAACGCCAUCAACAUCGGCUUGACGGUGCUGCCUCCAGCGUACAUCAUCAAGACCGCCAUUCUCAACUUCGAUGAGUUUGCAAUUACUAAGGAAGGGAUUGAGAAAAUUGUGACCAUGGUUCCCACUGAGGAAGAGAAGCAGAGGAUUCAGGAAGCCCAGCUGGCCAAUCCUGAUGUCCCGCUUGGGUCAGCGGAGCAGUUCCUCCUCACCCUUGCCUCGAUCUCCGAGCUUACUGCCCGACUCCAGCUGUGGGCUUUUAAGAUGGACUAUGAGACCAUGGAGCAGGAAAUCGCUGAACCUCUGUUUGACUUAAAGCUUGGAAUGGAGCAGCUGGCCAAAAACCAGACCUUCAAGCACAUUCUUGCCACUCUCCUAGCCAUGGGCAACUUCUUGAAUGGAUCCCAGAGUCGAGGGUUCGAGCUGAGCUACCUGGCAAAGGUUUCAGAGGUGAAAGACACAGUGCACCGACAGACCCUGCUACAUCACCUGUGCCACAACGUGGUGGAGAAAUUCCCGGAUACGACCGACCUCUACUCUGAGAUUGCCGCCAUCACACGCUCGGCCAAGGUUGACUUUGACGUGCUGGCAGAAAGCCUGGUGCAGUUAGAGCAACGGUGCAAAGCAUCGUGGGAUAGCCUAAAGGCCAUCACCAAGCAUGAGACCAAGCCUGCCCUGAAGAGCAAGCUGCUGGACUUCCUACAGGCCAGCACCCAGAAGAUCAUCAUCCUCAAAGUUGUCCACCGGCGGGUGCUGAACAGAUUUCGCUCCUUCCUCCUCUACCUGGGUUAUGACGCUCAGACAGUGCGGGAUGUGAAGGUCACUGGAAUCUGCCAAACUCUCCGGGAGUUUGCCCUGGAGUAUCGCACGUGCCGAGAGCGAGUUCUGCAGCAGAGGAAGAAACGGGCAGCAUGCCGGGAGAGGAACAAAACCCGUGGCAGGAUGAUCACAGAGAUGGAGAGGUUUGCCAGCAUCAGCAAGUCCGAAGCGAGCCCUGCACUAACAAUACCGUCGGCCGGCCCAGAGCAAAAGGAUGAAGCAGGCCACGAAACUAUGACCAGCGUGCUGCUGAUCUCUCCCUCAGAGCCAUCUGGCCGUCGCAGUCGGGCCAGCAGAAGUGUCGGAAAGCACACCCCUCCUGCUGCCCUCCCUCCUCAGGAUGACACAUCCGGCUCCCCAGACGAUGCCUCAGAGGAAAUCAUGGAUCGCCUGGUGAAAUCUGUCACGCAAAGCACUCCUCCACGACCAGGUGCUGGGAAGGAACGCAAGCGCUCCCGGGUGAACAGGAAGUCCCUGAGACGGACCCUGAAGAACGGCCUAAGUGACGAACUGGUGCAAGCCUUGGGCCUGGCGCAGACGGCUGGAGUGGCUGUGUGAAGAACAGGGCACGGACCCGGGAAGCCUGGCAGAAUAAGGAUGCUGGCCGUAGAGGCGUAGCGGCUGGAAGGAAGGCAGGGCAGUUGCCAGGGACAACUCACCUGCCUGAACCGUGCCUUAAGGGAUCCUACCAGCACAUGUCACUGCUUGUGUUACUUCGCUGAAACCUGCCCCUUCUCCUUGGCCUCGUGGAUCGGGAUGGAACCCGGUGGACUUCCUCAAGGAAGGGAUGCUGGCUGCAAGGGAGGGUGCCUGGCUUAGGGUGGCCGGGUCCCCUUACCCUCCUGGCGGGACGAGGGGAACCAAUGCUCACUUUCCUGGUACUCCUGGGACACUCCUUGCGCUGGCACGAUGACAGCACUUCCAGGAAGUGAUGUCAUUGUGCAAGGCUGGGGAAUACGUGAGCUUCGCAGCAGGGCCAAUUUGGGCCCCAAAUGAGCCCGAUUUAGCCUACUUGGUGCCAAAUUGCUGCAAAGCACAGGAAUGCUCUCAGGACAUCAUCACACCAGCCUCAGGAGCACACCUGGGAAGCCCGUUCCCCCCCUUCCCCCCCCCUGCUGGCCAGGUAAGUGGUGGCAGGGGGGGUGAAAGGUGGGAGCAGGGAAUCCCCUACCCCCACCAGGGGAAUAGGAACCCUAGCCUGGCUGCAAACAGUAUUAUAUUUGUGUGUUGUGUGUGUUUGGACUGCUUCUGCCCAGCACCUGGUCUGGGUGCAAGACCCACGGCCUUCAUUGCUCAGGAACUGGAGUGGUCUUUGGUUUGGGAGGUUUGGUGGCACUAAAUAAAUCAGAUGACUUCUU